AUGCUGCACUUGACUGCAUGCAUGAGUGACGCCUGCGAGAUGCUGGAGGAGGAGGAGAUGGAUGUUCCUUCCCCUGUGAUUUUGCUCCUGCAUACACAGGGUACUGAACUAAUAUAUGUAUGCACGAGAGAUGAAUUCACAUGGGACCGCGGCUACUCGGGUGACAAAGAGAGCACACAGCCCCUCUCGGACAUGCAACUGAAAGAGUGCAGUUGUGUGGGCGCUGCCUCUGCUUCGGUGAAUGAUGGUGAGUGGAGGAGGAGGGACGAAAGGGGAGCCGUGGUCGGCACGGUGGGAAGCGGGGUGAAGGGGUGUUCUUCAACGCUGAGCCGUGGGGCGGCUUUCUGCUGGGGGCCGUGGUGGCUUGCUCGGGUCCUCCCGCGGGGAGCGGAGUCUGCAAAUGUGGAGGCCCAGUGUGCAGGUGUCUUGGAGGAUAAUACCCGUUUGUCAACAACCAGUCAAGGAUAUGUUUUACCAGAAGGAAAAAUCAUGCCAAACACAGUCUUUGUCGGUGGAAUUGAUAUAAGGAUGAAUGAAGCAGAAAUUCGGAGUUUCUUUGAACGAUAUGGUACUGUGAAAGAGGUGAAAAUAAUCACUGACAGAACUGGUGUUUCCAAAGGGUAUGGAUUUGUAUCUUUCCUGGACAACGUGGAUGUUCAAAAAAUAGUAGAAUCACAAAUCAACUUCCAUGGCAAAAAGCUGAAACUGGGGCCAGCGAUUAGAAAGCAACAAAACUUGUGUUCUUAUGUGCAUCCCAGACCAUUAGUCUUCAAUCCUCCUGCACCACAGUUCCAUAGUGUAUGGGGUAAUCAAAAUACAGAGACAUACAUGCAGCCUCCAGCUGUAAUGAGCCCAGUAACGCAGUAUGUUCAGACGUAUCCGUACAGUUCGCCAGCUUUAUUGAUACAGCAGCAAGUUCCUGUAGGAUAUCAGCCAGCCUACAACUACCAGGUUCAACCACAAUGGCUUGCUGGGGAGCAAAGAAAUUAUGUUAUGCCUCCGGUUUAUACUUCAGUAAGCUAUCACUGCACUGAGGAUCCAGAAUUUAUACAGACAGAAUGUGCUGUUCCAGAGCCCACGCAGUCGUCUGCUAACAGUCCACAAAAGAAGUCUGUGGACAGGAGCAUACAAACAGUAGUAUCCUGUCUGUUUAAUCCUGAGAACCGUCUGAGGAACACCUUUGUAUCACAAGAAGACUACUUUAAGGAGAGGAAGGCUCAUCACUUCAGAAAAGGAAGAGCAGUACUCAAAAGUGUUUGAUCAACAAAGACUUUAAAGUAUCUAAAUUUAUUAACUUGAUGUUACUACAGUUCAGUUUAUACUGCAUAUAUUGCUAACCUUUUUCAA